AUGACUGGCAUGGACAAGCUCAUCUACUAUGAAGUUGAUAAGUCAUUCGACUCUUUGAAUUGCGAUCUCAACUCAAUUCUCGCAAAAUGCAAAUCUCUUCUCAUCUCCAACAAGAUUGAGAAGAUCCCUAUUAUUACAAGCUCAAGCUAUGUCGGUCUUGUUUCCAUCAAGGACUUGAAGCAGUACGAAGCUAUGACCCUUGCAAACAAGGAUGCAUCAGGCAGACUUUUUGUUGGAGCUGCCGUGGGAGCCAACAAAGACUAUAUGGAGAGAGCUGAAGCUUUGGUGAAGUCAGGAUGUGAUGUCUUGGUAGUCGAUGUUGCCAACGGCCACUCAAAUUGCCAUGACGCCACUGAAGAUCUUAAAGACCGCUUCCCUAGCAUCGAUAUCGUGUCAGGUUCAGUUGCAACUGGUGAAGGCGCUGAAAACUUGAUCAGGAGUGGUGCUGACGGUAUUCGUUGCGGUAUCGGAAAUGGAAGUAUUUGCAUCACAAGAGUCGUCGCAGGUAGUGGAAUUCCUCAACUUUCAGCCCUUAUGGACACUGCACCUGUCUGCUCCUAUUACGACAUUCCCUUGUGCUCAGAUGGUGGAAACAAAAACUCAGGAAACAUGUGCAAGGCCCUUGCUGUGGGUGCAAGCUCAAUUAUGGUCGGCAGACUUAUUGCAGGAUGCGAGGAAAGUCCCGGAGUGUCAUUCAACAAGGAUGGAAAAUUCGUGAAGAUCUACCGCGGUAUGGCUGGAUACAUUUGCCUUUAUUUAGUGGGCGCCAAUAUGGCAAAAACUUAAAAAACUGGCGGCUAAAUUAACCCCCAAACCUUUAGUGCUGAAGGAGUUGAAGGCUACAUUCCCUUCAUCGGUCCCUUGAUUGUUCUUCAAAACUUCGCAAGCGGAAUCAAGAGUGGCAUGAGCUACACUGGCGCAUUUAACGAAAGUAUAUUUUGAUUUAUUAAGGAACUUAGGGAAAAGGUCAAAUUCGUCCAAAUUACCAACUCAGGCUUCAAAUAAUCAAACGUUCAUGGCAUAACCAAAUUCGAGUGA